AUGGUGUCUGACUGUGGCUAUCCGGGUCACAUUGUCAGGAUUGUAACAUUGGGUGUAGGGGAUGUGGCUGGGCCAUGCUGGCUGUGUGUGUGUGGUUGUGUGGAAACAGCUGAUGGUGCAGAGGAAUCAAAUUCUGGCAGCUGUCUCACGAACAUUGAAUUCACUGCUGUGAUACUCGUCUCUCCACCUGAUUUUGAAGAAGACUACGGAGAACAGUUCACACUUGACGAAUUUUUCAGCAGUGAUUACAAGCCUAAAGAUUUUACUGUGGAGUGGAUACCAGGGGAGGAUAAAUUCAUUUACCGAAAUGAUGACGGCGCCAUUAUGGAGUACGAUGCCGCUCACAACAGCAGUAAACUCAUCAUUGACAACUCAACAUUUAUACAACUGGAUUCAUACAAAUAUUCUGUGUCAAAUGACAGGAAAUACGUCCUUAUCGCGUAUGAUGUCAUGCAUAAUUACCGCCACACCUUCCAUGCAUCCUACUUGAUCUAUGAGGUGGCCACAAGGGUAAAGAGGCAUCUUCAGAAUGCAGAAUAUCUCCAGUAUGCAGAGUGGUCUCCUAGAGGUCAUGGUUUGGUGUUUGUGGAAGGCAACAAUUUGUUCUACCAGAAGGAGGUGGAUGGUUCUCCACAGGCCAUUACAACUGAUGGCCUUCCCGAGGAGAUCUUCAACGGGAUUCCGGACUGGAUUUACGAGGAGGAAAUCCUGUCCAGUGACCAUGCCUUCUGGUGGUCCACCCAUGGCACUUAUCUCUGCUACGCCGUAUUCAAUGACACCAUGGUGCCCAAGUACAGCUAUCCUGUGUAUGGAAAGAUGGCUAAUGUGUAUGGAGACAUCAAGAGGAUAGCUUAUCCUAAGCCUGGUUAUGCAAACCCUAAGUUCUCCCUGAAGGUUGUGAAAAUCGGGGACCCUCUGGGCAUGCCUGUUACCCUCAUGGUUCCACCUGAAUUUGCUGACAAAGAUCACUAUUUCACAGCUGUGUCUUGGCGGGAUGACAAUUAUGUGAUGGUGCUGUGGUUGAACAGACCUCAGAAUUACUCCAUCAUCACUGUGUGCAGUGCUGUGACUGGUCAGUGUAAUAAGAACUUGGAAGAAUAUGGCCAUGGUGGCUGGCUAGAAUUGUUUGCCCCUCCGCUGUACUCAGACGACGGCAACAAGUAUUUCAUUAUUCUACCUCAAAGAUACGCUGGUGCAGGAUACUACAAACAUGUCGCCAUGGUAACCUCAUCAGUGAGCCCUCAGAUGGGAGAGAAGACUUUCCUCACCCAGGGGACGUGGGAGGUCCUGGAGAUUGUGGGUUACGACAGUCAGGCUCAGCUAGUGUAUUACCUGGGCACAGGAGGAGAUUCCAGAAAGAAGCACCUGUACAGUGUUGGUAUUCCGAACACGAAUCGAUUCCGUAAGAUUGUGUGCCUGUCCUGCAACGUGUCCCCAAACUGUCAGUAUGUCAGUGCGAGUUUUAGCUCCACGGGUAAAUACUUCAUCCUGGGGUGCGAGGGCCCUGGAGUGCCAUACUACAUGCUGAGGUCCAUCGUCAACAACACUAUGACAGUAUUGGAGGACAAUGCUGGUCUCAGAGAGAGGAUCAGCUACAAAGCAAUGCCGAGGAAGGAGUAUUUUGAGAUAGAACUAGAGGAUGGCUCAGUGACCUGGGGAGAGCUGUACUUACCUGCCAAGCUGAAGAAAGAGGAGGUUCUGAAGUACCCACUGCUCGUCUACGUCUAUGGAGGCCCGGGUUCACAGCGAGUGACGGAGCAUUUCCAGAUUGGCUGGGAAACGUACCUGUCCAGCUCUCUGGAUAUAAUCUAUGGUGCUGUGGACGGGAGAGGCACUGGAGGAAAGGGAGAUAAUUUCCUGCACAAAGUUUACAGGAGACUGGGCAAAGUGGAGAUUGAUGAUCAGAUAACAGCAGGAAAGUUGUUUUCUGAACUCCAUUAUGUGGAUUCCAGCCGGACAGCAAUUUGGGGCUUGUCAUAUGGAGGGUUUGUCAGUGCUCACGUCCUGGGCAGAGGUACAGAUGUGUUCAAAUGUGGGAUUUCCGUGGCCCCCGUCACUGACUGGAGAUACUAUGACAGUGUGUAUACUGAGCGUUACAUGGGUACCCCCAAACCAGAGGACAACUUCAUAGCUUACAAGGAGUCUAAUGUUUGUAAUUUAGCCAAGGAGUUCAAGAAGUCCUCUUUCCUUUUGAUCCAUGGUACCGGGGAUGAUAACGUCCAUUUCCAGCAUUCUGCCCAGCUGAUCCGGGCCCUGACAGAGGAGGACAUCUACUUCAGGUUACAGAUAUACACAGAUGAAAACCACUUCCUGAAUGGGGGGCAUACUCGGCGCCACUUGUACGAGACAAUGCAAGACUUCCUGGAGGAAUGCUUCACCGGCAAAUCCAAGAAGUUUGAUGCCAGGGAGGAAGAGAAAGUUUCCAACAAGCAGGAAGACAUCACUGAAUAAAUUUUCAACAAAAUCACUUUGAGGGGAACUGGAGCAGAGCAAAUAUUAGAACAUGUGUCAAGGAUUUCUAAAUUUUUCUUACUUGGCUGUAACGAGUGUAAUCACCGCAGAAGAUUUUCAGAAUAAGUACACUAUAGCUGUGUUGUCAACGUGAAAACCACGGAUACCUUUGCAUUGAGAUGCACACGAGCCAACAUCAAAGACAUUAGUUCAUACAAACCGGAGCUCACUAACAUUGUAUUGGUGUGACUAAAUCGGAUGGUGAAAUCCCAUUCUGUGUGAAUCAUGUUUGACUUAGAGCCAUCCAAAAAACUUCUUCCUCCCUCUCUUGCAGCAACUCUUUCAUACGCUUGAGUCUAGGAUUGGUUUGGUCUUAACUCUGAUAGAGUUCAGGGAUUGUUUUUCCUGGGUUGAUAGGGAGCUGAUGUACAUGUAACCUAGAUGAAACAACCACUGAACCCCAUCCAAGGAAGAAGCUGCAAAUUUUCAAUCUGCUGGCAAUUUUUCUCCCAAACAUGUAGACUCUCUGUUUCACGGGCUUUAUUAUCCAUCUUGAACCAGAGGUUAUGUUGCCAAACUACAAGCACGUCGGAAGGAGAUGGUUGUUUCUGUUUCUGUAAACAAAGUGAAAAAAUAACCUGUAUAUAAUGAAUGAUUUUUAUUGAAAUGAGGGUGAACAUAUUGUACGUUCACCACAGAAGAUCGGUUGUUUUUCCUCCCUGCUUGACGCUGUUUUUAUUGUGUUUGGAGAAAAUAUGAUUUUGUCUGCAUUAAUUCCAGACGAUUGAAAUUUACAGUGAUUUCUUCCAGUUUGUUGAUUUUCUGGUAGGUAGAAGUAGGUAGUAGAAGUAGGUAGUAAGACUUCUUGCUAGUUAUACAGAGCUGUGUUAAGAUAUAUGUGGACAUUUAUUUGAGAAGUGCAGAAUCUGUGUUUGUAUAUUGAAGAAGCCAUUCCAAAGGAAAACGUUUUCCUUGACCCAGACACUAAAAGUACCAAGAGUCAAUGACAGUUCAGCGCAUGUAGUGUUUUAAUAAAAUAACUGUUAUAUUUCUACACGGAAUACAUGUAUUAACAAAAUGAAAACAGAAACAAAUGACAUUUUAUACUUCAGCAAAUUGGGUUAAAAAAAAGCAAUCCCACUGCACUUUCCUGUUAUUUUGAGGUGAAAGUAAAUUGAGAGGUAAUAUAUUAAGAUAUUAAACUUCGUUGAUAGUUAGGCGAAAUAAUGAAGGCCACAGUCUGCAUGAAAACAGAAGGUAAAUUUGUAAUGCUGCUUCUGCUGGUGUGUAUGAUACCUGAAACAAGUCCGUGAACUUGGUGGGAUCCUGCAAGUAUAAGUAUUGGACAUGGAUUGUCUUAAUCCUACAAGUUUGAGUAUUGGACGUGGUGAGAAUCCAAGGAGUAUGUAUAUUUGACAUGGUGAUAAUCCUACAAGUAUUGGACAUGAUGAUAAUCCUACAAGUCCUUGCAUUGGACAUUGCAAGAAUCCUGCAGCUAUGAGCAUUGGACAUGGUGAGAACAUUGGACAUGGUUGGACUGAAUUUAUCGUCAGGAACAUGCCAUGCAGACUACACACCUCUUGAGAUGAUUUGAUGGAACAUCCAGAUAACAUAAAGAGUAAUACCUGACGGACUACUGGUGAAAAUGACAGAGUCAGUGGACAGCAGUUAAUAUCAGCCGUCACGGAAGUUCGGCGCGUCUGUCAUACACCAACAAAUACCAGGAUGAUUCGUAGUUAACACUGAUAGAGCAGGAGAAGGUUAAAAGUGGAAAAAUCAUUAGGUGUGUGAAUUUCAUCUUGUAGCAGUGUGGAACAGAUCGUUGAACAACCUGGAACUCAUCCUGUAGCAGUGUGGAACAGAUCGUUGAACAACCUGGAACUCAUCCUGUAGCAGUGUGGAACAGAUCGUUGAACAACCUGGAACUCAUCCUGUAGCAGUGCACAGGAGGUCUGACUGCCAUUCGGAGGUCAUCUUGCACCAGUUUAGAACACUCCAUUCACCAACCUGGAACUCAUCCUGUAAUUUUGUGGAAUUCACGCGUCUGUAGUAGAACAUGUUCUCGUGGAACAAGGUUGAACCCAUCCUAUUGUUGUGUAAAACAUGCGUGACAGCAAUGUGGAAUUCAUGCAUGGAACAUGUCAAGUUUCAUCAAAGUGGGAUGUAUCCUGCACCAGUGUAGAGAACAAACUGCAGUAGGAUAGAACACAUCCCUGCAACAUGCAGUACUUCGGAACCUUUAGUGACAAUGUGGAACACCUAUUAUAUGACGUCAAGUUGAUCUUCUACUUUAAUAUAUUCAAGUGCAAGAAUUCUGAGAAAUUAGGAGAGCGAAUGAAAUUAUAGCCUUACAGUUGUGAAUGUCAGCGAAGGCCGACUUGACUGCUGAUGUGUGGCAUACAUGUACACCCAAGGAGAAGAAAAGGUCGGUUAUGUUACCAUAGUGAUGGAUCGUAUGGGGAAAGUCCAUCUAGCCUGGAGUCAUUUACUUGGCAAAGUCAUUCACUUGUUCUUGUACCUGUGUGUACCUCUUUGAUGUUAAUAAUACACCGGUUUUACUUCAACACUGGACAGGAAAAGAACACCACACUCUUGCCACGUUGACAAUUUAUUAAAGCCGGACACAUGUUAUAAUGUGUAGAUUUCUAUGUACGUUUAGAUGAAGAUUCGUCCCAUGUUCGUCACCCUAGCUUUAUCCUCAUGUCCAUAUUUAUUAGACCCAUGUCCAUGGUAUUGUAAGUCAUAAUUUUAUCUUGGGUUUAAUACUUAUCAUUCUAAUGACAUUUAUGAAUGAUAAUUCCAGUGACUGUAUAAACCAUUAAGCUCUUUUGUCAGUCAGAAAUGUGCCUAAUGUUGGCCCAAGAGCUACUAAUGGUGGUGCAGCUAUCCAUGGUCUUAAUUCUUGGAUCUGAAUUUGCAAUGCCCCGCAUAAAGACCCUUGAAAAAAGCUUUCGCUUUUAUGAGGGUUUAUGUUGUUGUAACAAUGGUACUCACUAGUAAGUCAUGCAUUGGAAUUAACACAAUAGAAACCAUUUGCCAAACGUUAUGGAUUUUAUGAUUAUAUAUAAAUUAUAUUAUCUUAUUAUAGAUUAUAGAUUGGGCUUUGCUCUGCAACAGUAAUGUAGCAAAUAAUGUUGCAAUUUGGGGAAAUGUGACUUUUGCAAGCAAAUGGCAUAAAGUUUGCAGUCUAGGUGUGUUGGAGAUGUGUGCAGUCUGUGUGCACUGCACAGUUGUCAUGUCCACUGUAAUGUCAUCUCCCCAUUCCCUGUCCCUGUGUGCUGCCUGCACUCCCACGGGCACAGCUGUGACAUAUUAUACCGCUGAGGAAAUAUUGUGAGGUUUGUGCUGUUACUGAAUAGUUGACGACUUACCAGCUUAUAGUGGACAAUUACCUGUACAUAUAGAUAUACAAGUCUUAACAAGCUUGAGUAAUAUGAUGAUUUGAGAUUAUUGCUGUUAUGCUGCUACGGCAUUUUGUACAUAUGUAUAAAAUUAAUGGAUUCUCUGGUUCUGUUACCCACACAACCUUGAUGAGACAAUGGAUGAAUGGCUGCUAAAUUCACAUUACAUAGAAUUGUUAUGUUUGUAAAUUAGUAAAUGAUGACACAUUUGUGCUGGGCCCACAUUAUAGGUUUUAAUGGAAUAUAGUUCAAUAUUCAGGUGGAUGUGUUUGAUGUUAAUUUCAUUUUGAAUGUAAUUUUAUAAUCAUGGAUGGGUUUUGUUAUAUAACGUGUAACAAAUUCUUAACAGAGAUUCAGCCAAACACCGUUCGGUUUUAUUUAAUACGUGUUUUAAAUUUCAUCAUUAUUUCAUGACAUAAAUGCGUUACAUUUAAGGUGAAUGUGUUCAAUUUUAUCAGAGCUGAUAAGAUUGUACUGCAGCUAAGCUCAAAGUCAUGAUGUUUGAAUGCUCUAUCUUUAAAGUGAAUGUGUUAAAUUUAAGGUGAAUGUGUCAAAUUUUAUGCUGAUUGCGAUAACGUUAGAGUGUGGCAUUUAAUAUGAAUUAAAUAAUAUAUGAAUUUGUCAAAUUCAAAGUGAAUGUGCUGCAUUUGAGCUGAAUGUCAUGACGUUUGAAUGUGUUAAUGUUAAGGUGAAAGCAUGUGCUUCUGAUACAUUUACGCUGAAUGUGUUGACCCUUAAAUGUGAUAUUCUGCAGGCUGUUCCAUUUAAGUGUGAAUAAAACUCAGGCCAGAUGUUUUACAUUUGCUUGAAUUGAAUUCACGACACAACACGUGUGCAGUUGUGAACAGUUUUGGAAACCAGCUGCAAUAUCUGGCAUCAGUAAACGUUUUCAGUGCAUUUGUCGAGAGUCUAAAGUCAAGUGAUGUUUCCUACACUGAGAGAAAGAUUGGGUCAACUGACUCAAAAGUCUGAGUUGUACAUGUGAUCUAAUUCAACUCAGAAAACUGAACCAUAUGACCAGAUCGUGUAAGACUCCUGUGUGUUUACCGACCAAGCAAGUGAGUCAACAAUAUAACCAGACAAGUUUCAAAACUGGGCAGAUAUGGUGAUAUGAGUUGAAUUAGCUCAGUUAUAUAAUCAGUUAGUUGACUUUUGUCUGAAAGGUUUUGAAGUGAGAUUUGGGUGGAGGCGAAUGUUAAAUUAUUAAGGUACAGUGUCCAAAACAAUUGUCUUAAUCUUCCAGAUUAUUAAAUAUGAACAUGACGAUAUCUUUUAUUUGUUAAUUAAUUUGAUGACAUCCAUAAUGACCUGGGAGCUGUUGGUGACGUCAGCGGUUACGUCACUCCAAAAGUUCGAAGGUGACGUGGAAGUUGCUCCGCAUGUGGUCAUAUUAUGGCCUGGUCGUAAACACAUGAGCAUACAUGUACCCUUAUUAUAUGUCCUUGCAGGUGUAUAAAAUGUCGUUGUUUCAUUCCUCAUUCUUAAUAUUACUGGUAAAAAAGAAGAAAGAAAAAAAAAAACAAAACACCACGGUGUAAUGACUUCUUGUUGACAGUUUUAAAUGUGAAAAAUAUGUGAUAAAUAUGGAAUACAUUAUCUAUUAUAAUUGUAGGUUAUUCCUCUUUCAUUUUUGCGCUAUUUAUCUGAAUAGAGAUUUUAUGGUUUUACUUUUAUUUAACAGCAAGCCCCGCAGUCCAUGAUAAUCCUCAUUUGAGAAUUACGCAGUUUUAGGGAAAUAGCGAAGUCAAAUUUGGUACAGGAGGAGUAUUUUUUAAGGAUAUUUUAUUGUUAUUAAGAAUUCCUUUUUGAAGAAUGUGGUGGUAUUGAAGUUUUCAGCCAAAAGCAUUCUGUUGAGUUUGUAUCAUCUGGAAUGAGCUUGGAAAUUCUGUCUUUUGAUCCUCUUUGAUCAAUCACGAUGUGAUUAUAAGGUAUAUUAAGUCUAUGAAGAUCUGAUUGCUUAACAUUACCCGCUGUGUGGAUAGUUUCUUUUAUGUUUUUUAAAACUGUAAUUUAGUGAAGUGUUCU